CGUGCGGGUGCGGAAUGCUCGCAGGUGACGCUCGGAAAGGGGCUUUGAGCGAACCCGUCAGCGCGGUGUGCACACCUGCACACCCAGCGGGUACAGGGGCCAGCCUCCAGAGCCACGCCCUGCCUGUAGAUUAAGUGUGUAUUCUUACCUGCGAUCCUGUCAGUAAGACCACUGAGACCCACAUUAUUUGUGGCUGCAAGCAAGUCCGUUAGCCAUAUGGAAUCUUAAAUUUCUCCAACUGGAAAAUGAGACUGUUCUUACCUAAUUGAGAUACUCGUAACGUGGAUUGAAUUGCCAUUUGAAGUUGAACAUGGCAGAAGAAGAGGACUAUAUGUCUGAUUCCUUCAUUAAUGUCCAGGAAGACAUCAGACCAGGAUUGCCUAUGCUGAGGCAAAUUCGAGAAGCUCGACGAAAAGAAGAAAAGCAACAGGAAGCUAAUUUGAAAAAUAGACAGAAGAGUUUAAAAGAAGAAGAACAAGAAAGACGUACCCUUGGGCUGAAGAGUGCACUAGGCUGUGAAAACAAAGGGUUUGCCUUGCUCCAGAAGAUGGGAUAUAAAAGUGGUCAGGCUCUUGGCAAAAGUGGAGAUGGUAUUGUUGAACCAAUUCCUCUCCAUGUCAAAACAGGGAAAAGUGGCAUUGGUCAUGAGGCAUUAUUAAAACGGAAAGCAGAGGAAAAAUUAGAACACUACAGAAGAAAGAUUCACAUGAAAAACCAAGCUGAAGAAAAAGCUGAAGAACAGUUUCGAAAGCGACUUAAAAAUAAGCAGGAUGAGAUGAAACUAGAAGGAGAUCUUAAAAGAAGCCAGCGCGCCUGUCAACAGUUGGAUAGCCAGAAGAAUAUUGAGGUUCCCAGGGAAGCAUGGUACUGGUUGAGACCCGAAGAGGAGACUGAUGAAGAGGAAGAGGAAGAAGAACAGGAUGAAGAUGAAUAUAGGAGUGAAGAUUUAAGUGUUCUGGAAAAACUACAAAUAUUGACUAGUUAUUUAAGAGAAGAACAUCUGUAUUGCAUUUGGUGUGGAACAGCCUAUGAAGAUAAAGAAGACCUUUCUACAAAUUGCCCAGGACCAACUUCUGCUGAUCACGACUAAGACUGUUGCCAAUAAAGUAGAAGUUGCUAAUGUCAGAAAGGACAGAGGACCUUCCUGUUAUGCUUGUGCUUUUUGUAACUAUAAUUUUAAAUGUUCAGUGGCUUAAGAAGAGUAAUACAAUAUUAUUUCAGAACACAGGUGUCAUGGACUUGGACAGUUACAGUUUAUUAUGUUAUUCCUAGUAAAAUGAUGUGUCUUA